UUGAUUCAAGCUUGCUCAAUAUAUCAAUAACACUGCAUGGCUCUGUAUGCACGUUUACGGCCGGCGAGCUUCGAGGUCCACCUUUGAGUUUUGCUAACCGGUUCAACCCUGGGCUGCGGGGCCUCGCGGGGUGCGGCUGUCGGCGUUGCAGCCGCGCACCCAAGUAAUGACGCCUCCGCGCCGUCGCAGCGGGUCAGCAACCCGGGCUCGGGCCGUGUCAAUUGUGGAGUGACACCCAGCGCUUCAGGCCACGGCUCAGCACCAGCACCUGCGCUGCCCCAGCCAGAAUCCGGGCUGCGCAAUGAUACGCAACGUCCUGAAUCUGCCGCCAAGCCUCCUGGCGGCGGCUUCGGAGGAUUGUCUGGCGAUGCUGCUGCCAGCACCACUCACGCAGCGCCCAGCGCCGUUGGCGCUGCUGCCGACCCAGCAGCGGCCACACCAGCGGCAGGAGCAGCACCCGCGCCGGCCACAUCCACGCCAGAAGGAACUGCCAGCACCAGUGCCGGACGCGGGGGCUGUGAAGGAGGUGUGGCACUGCGCCGUGUCACUGGCCUUCCUGCAGCGCUUCGCCGCCGACACCGUACGGCCGGGCUGGACCACGUACGACAUCCUGCAGCGGGUGGUGCUGCCCGCCACGUCAGAGCGGAGGUGCCGGUACGUGGACACGCUGCCGGCGGCCGACAGCAGCACACUGACCUACUUUGUGAGCUAUGCCUGGUCCAUGCCCUUCACACUGCUGGUGGAGCUGCUGUCGCACCACCUGCACGCGGCAGACCCCAAGCAGGUGUACUGCUGGGUGGAUGUGCUGGCGAUCAACCAGAACCCGGGGCGGCAGCAGGCGCGAGACCUGGAGGACCUGGAGGAGGCGGUGCGGUUGGCGGCGGGCACCCUGGUCUGCCUGGACCCCGGCUGUGUUCCCUUCACGCGCAUCUGGUGCCUCUUCGAGUGGUGGACCACACUGCGGAUGCGCGGGCUGCGGCACCUGGUGUUCCUCGCCGAGCCCGACACGCGGCGGCGGCUGGCAGAUAUGUACCAGGGCAUCGACAUUCGCAAGGCUCAGGCGACAGUGGCGGCGGAUCGCGACCGGAUCCUGGACACCAUCGGGGAGCAGUUGGAUCUGGUCAACGCCCAACUGAAGCUGUUAUUUCUGUUGGAACCGUACGACACAGCCACUGCCGCGCUGGCGGCGCUGCCACCGGGUCGGCUGCUGGCGGUAGAUGGCGUAGGGGACUGGUGCCGAACCGCCAUUGACAACUGGUUGGCGUUGAGCGAGGGUGACGACGGGUACAGGGCGCUGUUGCUGGUGGGCCCGGCGGGCUGCGGCAAGAGCCACGCAGCCGCAGCCGCCCUGGCUGCUGCACUAGCGGCCGAGGAAGAGCAGGAGCAGCAACAACACCCCCAGCAGCCACAGCCACCGCCGCAGUCACAGCCUGCAAAGCUAGGGCCUGAACAACAGCCGCAGUACACGUCUUCUGGCCGCAAGGGGCGGCGGCGGCCGGUGGCUGCACACUUCUGCCGCGCGGGGGACGGAGCCAGCCAGGACGCGGGGGCAGCGCUGCGCAGUCUGGCGUUUCAGCUGGCGUGCGGGUCGGCACACGGAUCCAAGAGUGGCGUGGGCCUCGGGCCCUACCUGCGGACCAAGUACCUGGCCCUGAGCCGAGAUGCCAUCUCCAGCCUGCAAGCGGCAGGUGGCGGCAGCGCAGGCUCCGGCACCUCGUCCGUGGAGGCGACCUUCAAUCUGCUACUGGCGCACCCACUGGCGGCGCUGUGGCCGCCGCCACCAGACGAGGACGCGCCGCCGCCGCCGCGGUGGCUGAUGGCGCAGCAGGAGGCGGCGGCCGCUUCCGCGCCGCACGAGGUGUUACUCCUGGUGGACGGGGUGGAUGAGGCUGAGGCGCCCAGUGGCCAGAUGCACCACAACCGGUUGCUCCUGACCCUCCGCAACCUGGCGCCUCAGCUGCCGCCGCGCGUGCGGCUGCUCAUCACCACACGACCCCAGCCCCACCACAUCACUCGCAGCCUGGUGUACGCCUUGAAACCGCGGGUGGCGCUGGCGCCCGGCAGUAGCAGCAGCAGUGGCGCCGCCACCGGCAGUAGCAGCAGCGUGCCUAAUGGCGCUGGUUGCCCCAACCACCUCCUCGCAGCUCUACACCGCCUGCUGCGCCCGCCACCGCUCUCGCCCCUGCCACUGGCGCCGACAGCCUCCCCUCCUUCUGUGGCUGCCGCUGCAACCCCCUCUCCGCCUCCCUCUGCAGCUGCACCUGCGCCCUCUCCCGCCACCUGGCAGCAGCUCGCCGCGGCCUACGCCGCCAUCUUCUCUCGCGCUCUGGCCGCGCUGCCGCCUGCGUCGCGUGCGGGUGUGUGCGGCCUGCUGCAGCUGCUGCUGGCCUCGCCCGAGCCGCCCGCCCUCAGCGCGGUGGAGGGGCUGGGCCUGACGCCGCACCUGGCCAGCCUGCCCGGCGGCUGCCACACUGCGGCAGCAGCAACUCACGACGGCGAUGGCGGCGGUGGUGUGGAGGGGGCUGCUGGAGAGGGGGCUGGGGAGGGGGCCGGGGAGGGGGCUGCUGGAGAGGCGGCAGCGCUGUUCAGCACGGCGCGCGGUUACCGCCUGACGGUGAUGCACCGGUCCCUCCUGGACUGGCUUCGAGGCGACAUCGCCGCCGCCAGCGCUGACCCAGGCGCAGCCACUGCUGCUUCUGACGCCGCCGGCACUGCCGCCGCUUCCGCCGACGACCCCGCCGCCGCCUCCAUGGUGCUGGCGGCGGCGGGGCUUCGCCUGGACGUGGGUCAGGGGCACCGGCGGCUGGCGGAGUGGGUGUGUGGCGACCUGCGGGGAGCACGCCGAGCGCAGGUGUACAGCCUGCGGUACGGCAUCUACCACCUGACAUCAGCCGUGGAGGCGGACAUGCGCCGCCACCGGCAGCCGCUGCCAUACAGCAACAGCGGUGGCGGCGGCGGCAGUGCUGACAGCAGCAGCGGCAGCGGCGAUGGCGGCGGCGCCAAGCCGGAUCCGGACCUGGUACGGCAGCUGGACGAGGUAUUGUUGGAUCUUGGAUUCUGGCGGCAGGUGUACGGCAGCCGCCAGGGCGCGGGCGUGCUGCGCGACCUGUUGUCGCUGCCGGGGCUGGGCCUUACGACGGCGUCCACGGACGUGAUUCGGUGGAUUCAGCGCGAUCACCUGGCGCUGGAGCGGAAUCCGGAUCUGAUUCUGAACCUCGCCUUUGAGACGCCGUUUCCCUCGGCCACUCGCGCCGUGGCCGCCGCUGUGGCUGCUGCGAUGGCGGCCGAGAACAUAGCGCCGCCAGGCGGCGGCGGCGGCGGCGGCGGCGGCGGCGGGGCACUGCCGGCGAGUGCUUCUGCGACAGCCGCAGCAGGGCCGGCGGCAGCAACAGCAGGGGCGGCCAAAGCGGCGGGUGGAGCCGACUGGAGGGCCUUUACUUCUGCGGCAGCAACCAAGGCCGCAAUCGACACCGCGGCGGCCUUCGCCGAUGCAGCCGCGGCAGCCGCAGCUGCCACAGCUGCAGCAGCCGCAGCCGCAGCUCCGGCCUCCGGCUCUGCAGAAGCUGCUUCUGCUGCUGUUUGUACAGUAACCAGCGGCAGUAGCAGUGCAGCAGCGCCGGCAGUAGCAGAUGCACCAGGUAGUGCGCUGCCGGCAUCGCCGCUGCCGCCGCCGCCGCCGGUGUGGCCCAGCCCCUCCUGGCCGUGUGCGGUGGCGGCGCCCGUGUACCCGGCCUGGCCGGCUGCUCUGGCGGUGGUGACGGGUGGGGCGGGCGGUGUGUUCGGAGUGGACUUCUCGCCCGACGGCGCCACACUGGCCACUGUCAGCAACAAGGGCGUGGUGCUAAUUCACGACACACAGUCCGGCGAGCGCGUGUUGCGCAUGACGGGCCACGUGGACUACAUCCGGGGGGUGUCGUACCUGCAAGUGCCCGCCGCCGCCAACGCUACUGCCACCAUAACAAGUGGCAUUAACAGCAGUAGCAGCAGCAGUGGCAGUAUGGCGCUGCAGACGUGCCUGGUGACGUGCGGUGUGGACCGCACCGUGCGGGUGUGGGACGCCAUGACGGGGCAGCAGGUGGAGACGCUGCGGGUACAUGAGCGGCCCGUGGCCUUUGUGGCGGUGGCGGCGGCGGGCGCGGGCGCACACGCCGACGCCCCGGAGUGGGCCGGCUACUUCGCCACUGGAGACGAUUCGGGAGCGGUUUGCAUCUGGCGCGCUGUCGCAUCAAGCCCAGCACCAGCAGCUGAAGCAGUGGUGGGUGGGGCGCCUGGUGGUGGCGGCGGCGCCCCUGCUGCAGCAGCGCCUCCACACAUCACGCCGCUCCACACCUCCUGCUGCCACGAUGCCGCAGUGUUCGGCGGCUGUUUCUUCCUGCAGCAACACCAGCAGCAGCAGCAGCAGCAGUUGCCCCUGCCGUCCGUAGGGCCGCUGCCGCAGCAGCAGCAGUUGCCCCUGCCGUCCGUAGGGCCGCGGCCGCCGCCGCCGCAGCAGCAGCAGCUCAUGCUCGCCACGGGCGGCAAAGACGGCUGCGUGCGAGUUUGGGACGUCGCUACGGGUGCACAGGUUGCACAGCUGGUGCAGCCGUCAGAGCCACCGCCGCCGGCAGACGGCGUCACAGACGCCGCCGCGAUCGCCGCAGCCGCCGCACAACGCCAAGCCACAUCCAGCAGCCUGCCCCUGUCCAUGGCCAAGUGCGUUGCCGCCACUGCUGACGGAGCCCAGCUGCUGGUGGGGCUUCACGGCGGUGCGGUGGCGCACUGGCGGCGCGGCGGCGGCCCUGCUGCUGGCGACGCCGGCGUGGGUGCGGGCGGCGAGGUCAGUGGCAGCAGCAGCGAGGCCGCAGGACUGGGCCAGGGGCAUGUAGGAGCAGGGGCAGGGGCAGGGGCAGGGGCAGCUGAGCCGGUGGCGGUGGCGGGGAAUGGAGAGGCCGCGGGCCACACCGGCGCCGGCGGCUGGCGGCUGCUGCGUGUGAUGCAUGGCCACACGGAGAGCGUGACGUCCGUGGCUGUGUCAAGGGACGGCCGGACCGCUUUCAGUACCGCAUGCGACAAGACGGUGCGUGUGUGGGACCUGUCUGGCGGCGACGGCGGCCAGCAGCUGUCGCGGCUGGGCGGCCACUCCGACUACGUCUGGCGCUGCGUGCUCUCACCGGAUGGGCGCAAGCUGGCGUCAGCGUCCGCGGACGGCUCGGUUCGCAUCUGGGACGCCGGCAUCGCCGCCUCCGCAGCAUCCGCGCCGCAGCAGCACGACGACGCCGUGAUGCAGCUGGCAGUGGCCCCCACCAAUGCCUAUAUUGUCACCGCCUCCAGCGACAAAACCGUGGGCGUGUGGAGCCUGCCGGUGCCGCCCGCCACCCCGCCCCCGGCGGCAGAGGUGGAGCAGCCGCAGGCGGCGCCGGAGGCGGGUGCAGCAGCGCCGGCGGCGGCGGCCGCCGCUACGGCGGCUGGCGGCGACUGCACACUGGCAGCGCCGGUGGCGGCGGCCCCCGUGGUGCCGUACGGGCAGAUGAUGACAGUGCGAGGGCACACGGGCACGGUGUCGUGUGUGGCGGUGGCACCCUCGGACGAGGUCACGGUGGCGACUGGCUCGUACGACAAAACGAUCCGUGUUUUCAGAUUGGACAAGACGCACAUACCCGAGCUGGAGCUGACGCACACGGGCCACACCGGCUUCGUGACGGGUGUCGGGUUUGACACGUGGGGCACGCGGCUGGCAUCUACCGGUAAUGAUGGGGCGCUGGCGGUGUGGGACGUGGAGGCAUGGCAGCAGCACUACUGGGAGGCGCUCUCUGCCGUGCAGGAAGAAGGCGGUGGCGAGGGUGGUGAGGCUGCCGCAGCCAGUGGGGGCGCGGUGGCGGCGGCGGCCAAGGCACUGCAGCAGUCAUCACCGGACUGGAUGAGUCCCAUGAAGGUGGAGAGGGCGCCGGCGGUGAGCACCAGCUGGCACCUGGCCUGGUCGCCCACCAGUUACUUCGUGGCGGUGGCGCACGGCAGUAACACCAUUGGGGUCUACUCUGGCAUUCAGGACCGCUCCGAACCCCCCGACUCCCUGCUUCUGGUCGGCUACCGGCCUCACGAUGCCGACGGCCAGGAGCUGACCAACGGCCACUGCUACGGCGUGGGCUGGGCGCCGCACGGCAACUGGCUGGCGGGCGGCUACAGCGGCCACCUCGGUGGGGUGGCGCGCGUGUGGGACAUCACGCAGGGCACAAUGGUUGCGGAGAUCCCGGCGCACGAGAAGGACGUGUGGGCGGUGGCCUUCGACCCGCAUGACUCCCACCUGCUGGCCACAUGCAGCUACGACGGCGCCGCCGCCAUCUGGAGGCUAAAUGACCUCCGGGUGCCGCCGCGGCGAGUGGCUGCGCUGCGUGGCGGCGGCCCGCAUCUGCGCAGCCUCGCGUUCGUUACCCGACCGUGGCAGCCGUGCUGGAGUGGGGCUGUGGCUGCUGCUGGUGAUGGGAUCGGGGCGGGCGCUGCGGCUGCAGCGGCGGUGUCUGCUGCAGCCCCAGGACUGGGGUCAGAGGAGGGACUGGCAGAUGACGUGGCUGGUGUGAGUGCGGGCAGGGACACUGCGGGCGCAGCAGUCGCUGAAGCUGCGGGCGGUGGCGGUGGUGGUCACAGCGGCGGCGCCAGCGGCGGCCCCAGCGCCGGCGGCGAUGCGGGCAGGAUGCGGCGGUGGCUGUUGACGGCGGGCCGAGAUGCGACGGUGCGUGUGUGGGACGUGGAUGAAGCGAUGCGCAGCGGUGAGAGCGCCUACAUGUGCCCCUGGGCCCUGGCCACGGAUCGAUAGCACCGGGAGGAGCGCGAGGACGAGCGCAGGGUGAGGGCUGGGGCGCCUGUGAAUCGGCGAAUGAAAGGGCGCUUCAUAGCGUUCAUCACGUAUUGCAAGAGGGGCUAGCGCGGCGCCAGGGGUUACUGGGGCGGGCCAGGCGCAAAGCAAAACGGGGCGGAUCCGGACUGCUGAGAAGAAGGGACUGCCGAUGCAACUGUGAACAUUUCAGUUGAAUCUUUAGAGCAUUGGUUAGGGUAUCGCCUUGAUACAUGGAUCUACCUGAGGUGUGCGUGCAGCCUUCGGGCGAAACGCAGACCGACGAAACCCGUGGUCGGCCUGGGUUCGGACCUGUUGCUUGGGCCCCCGAGCGCAAUACGUGCAUCAAUAAGUAUACACUCAUUCUACCUGUUGCCUUCACACCGGUGCUCGGGGGCGUCGCCCAUUUUUUCUUCAUCAUGGCAUUCUCGCGCAUGAGCCCGUAGCACAAACAAUCUGAUAAUUGUUAAGUAUGUACUUGCUCUGUCUCUACAUAGACAACGA